UCUGCGCCCCGCUCGCCCGGCAGAGGGGAGGGCGGCAGGCGGCUGGGGAUGGGCCGCCCGGCUGCGCCGAGGGGCGCCGGGAGGCUCCGUGCGCUGCUGCUGGCGCUGGUGGCCGCGGGGGUCCCCGCGGGCGCCUACAACCUCGACCCACAGCGCCCCGUGCGCUUCCAGGGCCCCGCGGACUCGUUCUUCGGCUACGCGGUGCUGGAGCAUUUCCACGACAACACGCGCUGGGUCCUUGUGGGUGCACCAAAGGCAGAUUCCAAAUACAGCACCUCAGUGAAGUCCCCUGGGGCUGUGUUUAAGUGCCGUGUUCACACCAACCCUGACCGGAGAUGCACCGAACUGGACAUGGCGAGAGGGAAGACUCGGGGCACGUCCUGUGGAAAGACCUGCCAGGAAGACCGCGAUGAUGAGUGGAUGGGGGUGAGCCUGGCCCGGCAGCCCCAGGCCGAUGGCCGCGUGUUGGCCUGUGCCCAUCGCUGGAAGAACAUCUUCUAUGAAACUGACCACAUCCUGCCGCAUGGCUUCUGCUACGUCAUCCCCUCCAACCUCCAGGCCAAAGGCAGGACGCUGAUCCCUUGCUAUGAAGAGUAUAAGAAGAAGUACGGAGAGGAACACGGCUCCUGCCAGGCUGGGAUAGCGGGCUUCUUCACCGAGGAUCUGGUGGUGAUGGGUGCCCCAGGGUCAUUUUAUUGGGCUGGAACCAUCAAAGUGCUGAACCUUACGGACAACACCUAUUUAAAACUGAACGACGAAGUGAUCAUGAGCAGGCGGUACACCUAUCUGGGCUACGCGGUCACAGCUGGACACUUCUCUCAGCCGUCCACCACCGACGUGGUAGGAGGUGCCCCACAGGACAAAGGCAUCGGCAAGGUUUAUGUUUUCAGAGCUGACCGAAGAUCAGGCACCUUAAUUAAGAUCUUUGAAGCAUCAGGUAAAAAGAUGGGCUCUUACUUCGGCUCCUCCUUGUGCGCAGUUGACCUGAACGGGGACGGCCUCUCUGACCUGCUGGUGGGGGCCCCCAUGUUUUCUGAGAUCAGGGAUGAGGGACAGGUCACCGUCUACAUCAACAGAGGAAAUGGAGCCCUUGAGGAGCAGCUGACUCUCACCGGGGACGGUGCCUACAAUGCACACUUUGGAGAGAGCAUCGCCAGCCUGGGUGAUCUGGACGACGAUGGCUUCUCAGAUGUGGCCAUUGGCGCACCCAAGGAGGACGACUUCGCAGGGGCGGUCUAUAUCUAUCAUGGUGAUGCCGGUGGGAUAGUCCCUCAGUACUCAAUGAAACUGUCUGGGCGGAAGAUAAAUCCAGUGCUCCGGAUGUUUGGCCAGUCCAUAUCGGGAGGGAUUGAUAUGGAUGGAAACGGCUAUCCUGAUGUCACUGUUGGAGCCUUCAUGUCCGACAGCGUGGUUCUUCUCAGAGCGAGGCCUGUCAUUACAGUGGAUGUCUCCAUCUUCCUCCCGGGCUCCAUCAACAUCACGGCGCCUCAGUGUCACGAUGGACAGCAGCCUGUGAACUGCCUGAACAUCACCACCUGCUUCAGCUUCCAUGGCAAACACAUUCCAGGAGAGAUCGGCCUGAAUUAUGUUCUGACAGCUGAUGUGGCCACAAAGGAGAAGGGCCAGGUGCCCCGGGUCUACUUUGUGCUGCUGGGAGAGACCGUGGGUCAGGUCACAGAGAAGCUGCAGCUGACUUAUAUGGAGGAGACGUGUUGUCACUACGUGGCCCAUGUGAAGCGGAGGGUGCAGGACGUCAUCAGCCCGAUCGUGUUUGAAGCAGCCUACAGCCUCAGUGAGCAUGUGACUGGAGAGGAGGAGAGGGAACUACCGCCUCUGACACCCGUUCUCCGCUGGAAAAAGGGACAAAAGAUUGCCCAAAAGAAUCAGACGGUUUUUGAAAGGAAUUGCCAUUCAGAGGACUGCGCGGCGGACCUGCAGCUUCAGGGCAAACUGCUGCUGUCUAGUAUGGAUGAGAAAAUGCUAUAUCUAGCUUUGGGGGCUGUGAAGAACAUCUCCCUAAACAUCUCUAUCUCCAACCUCGGGGAUGAUGCCUAUGACGCCAACGUGUCCUUCAACGUGUCCCGGGAGCUCUUCUUCAUUAACAUGUGGCAGAAGGAAGAGAUGGGCAUCUCCUGUGAGCUGCUGGAAUCGGACUUCCUCAAAUGCAGUGUGGGAUUUCCUUUCAUGAGGUCAAAGUCAAAGUAUGAAUUCAGCGUGAUCUUUGAUACAAGCCACCUGUCUGGGGAAGAGGAAGUUCUCAGCUUCAUUGUUACUGCUCAGAGUGGCAACGUGGAGCGCUCUGAAUCCCUGCAUGACAACACCCUCACGCUGGUGGUGCCGCUGAUGCACGAGGUGGACACGUCCAUCACUGGAAUCAUGUCUCCAACCUCCUUUGUGUAUGGCGAGUCCGUGGACGCAGCCAACUUCGUUCAGCUGGAUGACCUGGAGUGUCACUUUCAGCCCAUCAAUAUCACCCUUCAGAUCUACAACACUGGCCCGAGCACCCUUCCAGGGUCAUCUGUCAGCAUCUCUUUCCCUAAUCGACUGUCGUCUGAUGGUGCAGAGAUGUUUCAUGUCCAGGAAAUGGUGGUGGGCCAAGAGAAGGGAAACUGCUCUUUCCAGAAAAAUCCAACCCCCUGCAUUAUCCCUCAAGAACAAGAAAAUAUCUUCCACACAAUAUUUGCUUUUUUCACAAAGUCUGGAAGAAAAGUCUUGGACUGUGAAAAACCAGGAACUUCUUGCCUAACAGCACACUGUAACUUUAGUGCUCUUGCUAAAGAAGAAAGUCGUACUAUAGACAUUUACAUGCUGCUGAACACAGAAAUACUGAAAAAGGACAGUUCGUCUGUCAUCCAGUUCAUGUCCCGUGCCAAGGUGAAGGUGGAUCCUGCCCUGAGGGUGGUGGAAAUAGCUCAUGGGAACCCAGAAGAGAUGACGGUGGUCUUCGAGGCCCUGCACAGUCUGGAGCCCCGUGGCUACGUCGUGGGGUGGAUCAUCGCCAUCAGCUUGUUGGUGGGAAUCCUCAUCUUCCUGCUGCUGGCCGUGCUGCUCUGGAAGAUGGGCUUCUUCCGCCGAAGGUACAAAGAAAUUAUCGAAGCUGAGAAGAACCGGAAAGAGAAUGAAGACAGUUGGGACUGGGUCCAGAAAAACCAGUGAGCUGCCACACCAGUCACAUGACCUGAUCACUAGCCUGUCAUCCUUGAUCUUUGUAUCUUCCAUAUUUGGAAGAAAAAAAUCUUCUCCAGAUUUUUCGGAGGCCCCACUGAUGCUGUUCUCGUCUUCAUCCUAUCAAGCACAGGUGCCAGCCUGAGGUAGCCACGUCGGCCGGGUCACAUGACCGGGGUCAGCACCACUCCCUUCAAAGAUGAACUCCGAACUUUGGAGAGCGAGCUGCAGAGCCGAGCAGUAUUUAUGGAUGCAACACGCAUGGCCAACCCUCAGGGGAAAACUGUUACCUAAAGUAUUUUUAUAAAUAUAAGCCUUUUAUACUGAUUAUGUCUUUAUAUUUGUAUCGAUGUUUUAUUAUUUCUAUUAAAUAGUUAUAUAAUUCACUCAAGCACUGAUAUCUGGCCUAAAAUCUUGGAAGUGCAUGUCAAUGAAUACCAAUGUUAAAGGAUGAAAAUCUUACUGUACUUUGGAACUUGCUGUUUAAAAAGACCUACAGAUGAAAUACAUUGAAGAAACCUCACGUAAUGAAUCCACCAGGCUGGCGGUGGUGCAUCUAAACUGUGGAUGCGGCAAGACCCCUAAGACAUUCUCCUCUUUAUUGCCUCAGUCAGGUGUGGAGUCAUGUGCUAACAUGUGCUAAAGAACUGUAAGUGCUUUUUCAUGUGUACUUUUCAUUGGAAGACUCCCAAGAAGAAUUUGGAUGGAAAACCUGAUCCCUAGCAAGAAGUCUGCUAUGUAUCACCUUUACACAACAGACAUGUCCCCCUCCUUCUGCACAGAUGAUGGAUGAAAGCUUGGAGCAAUGCCAUGUGGUCACCUGGUAAACCUCAGAAUGACAUCUCAUCCUGGACGUCAUGCGUCAGAGUUCACACACCGCAAGGACUAAAUCAUUGUCCCCCAAGCAAAGAACUGGGUCUGAAUGCUGUGAGGCAUUGCCUUUUCCUGGGGACUCUCAUUCAGAGAUCUCCACUUCCCCUACACCCUGGCUGUCCAGCUAGUGGUGAUUGCAGAUUCCUUCCCAGAGGGGACCAUUUAACCAUUUUUUUAAAAAUGUCUUGGGUUGGGUUCCCAAGAAGCUGGCCCUAAAACAAGGAUUUGUAACUUAUUAAGGAAGUAUUCCUGGGAGAUAGCAGUAAGGGAAUGGGGGAAGCAGGACAAGGAAGGAGAGAAAGCCAGGCAAAGGCGUAGCAUUUCAGGGAGAGCUCCAUGGACUGUAGCUUCUGCCUGAUCAGGGGAGCUCCGGAGGGAAAGUUAGGUCUCAGAGGUGUCCCAACCUGAAGCAAGGGGCUGGCUGCGCCCAGGGGAGAUGUACACGUUCUGUUCUCAGUUCCUGCUGGUGUAAUGGCUCCAGUAGCUCAGGGCAGUCCUCUAAAGGAAAACCACCGGUGCAUCCUCAACCAGGGGUGACACAAGGAAAUGAUGCAAAGGGAUCUGAGCAGAGCACUGUCCCUCCCCGUCCCCCGUAUGUGUGAGUGCUGAGUUACGGCGUUCGGUACCCAAACUCUCUGUUUGACAGUAGAUAUGUUGUCAGAUGCACCAUGCUGCCCACUUCUGAGUGCAGUGUGAUUUUCUGAAAGGGCAGUGAGAUGAUGGAGGUAGCAUGCUCAGCACUGACCUGGCCCACAGUGAUCACUCAGUAACUGUUAGCAGCUAUGGCUGCUGCUCCUGCUGAUGGAUAACCAUCUAAUAAGACAGAAAACCUGGGGCUAAGAGCAGGGUCUAACAGAGUCCUAAUGGCUUAUUACAGCCCGCCAAAGCGCCAGAUGCAUACACAUGGCAUCCAGUGGGGAUGGAACAAUAUAUUAGACCAAGGAUCUUUCUUAUAGCACCUUGUUUACUGGAAGCUAACAUGUUGGGAGUCUGUAAACAUUGUUGAAAAGACACCAAACUCAAUUCUGGAAGACAGAGUUUUAAUACACAGACUUGGCUAAUACAACCGUAUCUAAAGUUUUGGCAACAUUGUGAAGGGUGAGGGGCGGGUACUAAGCUGGCCUGGAGCAGGUGUGUCUUUUGGUUUCUUAUGAUGCAGUUGACUCUGCUGCAGGGAGGUAGCCUCAUGCUUCCCUUCCUGGUGAACACGAGAAUAGACCCAAAAACCAAGGGUCAAUGGCAUGAACUAAGCUGAUCCUAGAAGUCGGGGUGUUGCAUCUAACUGUGGGACGGAUGCACAGAGGUAGCUACAGGGGGCAGGAUAAGGCCAAGAAAUCAGCUCUCAGAGUUCACUUAUGAGUUGUAUCAAAAGCAAUAAGAAAAGUAGGCUUGGGUGGGCUUUAGUCCCUUAUCAGCAGCCAUUUACGAGGCCCCUGCUGUGUGUCAGGUGCUGUACUAGGUGCUGGAGGUUCCCCAGAGAACACUUCAGGCACAUUUUGCCUCAGGGUGGCAAAAUGCCAUGGCAUGUGAAAUGUGGACUUUUUUAAUGGGAUGCCAUUUGCAGCCUUCUUUGACGGACUCUUGUUCAUAAUGCCAUGUUUUCUUUAAGGAAUCAUUUAGGAGUCUUAGGUGAUAUUCCUGGAACAGCACUCAACAGCUUUGGCCGCAUGCACUUAGAGCAACUAACUUGGCUCCUGCAAGGGUUGUGGGUGCGUGGGUGACAGUGUAGAAGGGUGACUCGCCCACGUUCUGCCAGCCAGCAAAGCCCCGCUGGAGAAGGGUGGACUCCUGUAGGCAGUCUCAGAGCUGGGAACUGUUUGCUUCUGCUUGAUUCUGCAUGGGUGGACCCACAUGAGGAGUUGUCUACCCAGGAAGUCACUAAGAUUUUGACUUGGCAUCACCACGAACAGAUACUGAAAGCCUCCCCAGGAACCCAUCUGGGAAAGGAUGGUGCCUCUGCUGGUCUGAUCAUGCUGAGUAGCCUCCCCAGCCCUAUGAGUGCAGGUCACACCUAAACCAGGGGCAGGCUGCCGUGGGGUCACAGUGGCUGAUUCUUCAGCACUUCUAACUUGGCUUCCCCUCUUUCUUUCUGCUGAGGAGUUAUCCGUUUUGCACAGUGAUAGAGAAGUCAAGUGUGUUGUUAGCACGCUCUCAACUUGGGCAGUUCACAAGCUCCUUCCCAGUUCAGAAGCCCUCUGUAUGCUCUCAGGGGAAGCAGAUAGGGUGGACUGAUACAUCUGUGUUACCCUCCGGAAUACUGUUUGAACAUUCUGCAGUAUGUUCUACUUUCUCCCCUUCCUGUUUCUGUGGGUUUCGUGGAAUCCUAUAGGAUGUUCUCCUGGACAACACAGUUCCUUCAGCUUUAAGUUGCAUAAUCAGUGUGGUUUUAACCAACUGUUCAGAGAACUGAAAUGCUUUUUAAGUAUGAAAAAGGAUCUUUGUAAAAGUUAAGUAAAACAGUGCCCCUUUUUAAAAAAAAUGUUUUGCUUAUGCUCAGUUUACGUAGGACUCAGGAGAGUUUGGAACAUCCCCCAAGUGAGGCUUAGACGUGUCACAAAGGAGAGGCCAUGAAGUGUAGAAACAAGGGGACACCAGCAGGAGGGGCAGGAACCACUGGCUUGGUGGCAGGUGACAGGCAUCCAUCCCAAAUCACUCGGUGCUGAGGUUUCCUCAGGCAGUUCUUGAGGAAACCUCUGUCAGCAUUGUGGGUACUCAGAGGUGUGGCAGACUUUGUGGAAGAUCCAGUAGGAAGUCCUCCUUCACCAAGCCGUGUAGCUGCUGCCCUUGAGCCAAAGGCAACAAGAUUUAAAACAAAAUCCCGGCAGCGCUCCUGGGAGCAUCCUGUUUUCCAUGCGGAAGUAAAGCAGAUCCCCAAGCCCUCCGCGUGCUGUAUGCUACCUGUUGAAUCAUGCAUGGCGGCUCUUUGAAAGGUUAUUUGUGGCUUUUAUUUUGGGGUAAGGCAUUAUGGCCAGGUGCCUGCAGUUUCGUCCGGGUUACCUGUGAAACAUACAUCUGGUGAACUGUAUGCUUGGCUCAAACUUCUCAAAAUGUAGAGGUGCUGGAAAGGAUUGUCACUUGGAGCCUUUAGUAGACAAAAGGCAGAAAGCAAGCAUCGUUUCAGAAAUGCUUUAGUAUGCUCAUUUUUAGUUGAUAUUUUGAUAUAUAGAGUAACAGUAUACACAGUGGAGGAUAUUUUCUGAAACAAAGAACGGCUGAAGGGAGAAUACAGAGCCAGUAGGGCCGAAAUGAAACUUCUAGGAUGGCCUCUGAAUUUUCAGCACGUGGGGGGCGUAAAGGAACAAAUUGCCCAACAUGGUGCAGUGCUCUAUAGCACAAUGAUCUAGAUUUCAGACUGUGUUAAGGUUUUGUAUUUUUAAAUUCUAAUGUGCACGGUGUGAUUUGCAGAGUGAGUUUAAAAGCUUUCCGAGUGAUUAAUUGCAUGGCAGGCACCCACGCUAUCUGCACUUCCAGAACGUUACUGAGGCAUCCACGUGCAUUUCCAUUGAGGAAUUUUGGUGGGCGGGGGGAGGGUGUACUGCCUCACGAUGUCACGUGUAUUAAAGUCUAAGCAGUCACUUCUAAUUCACUUGCACUGUUUGGGAAAUAUGUCAGGUUUACAAAAACAUGUUUGGAAUUAAAAAAUGGCUGCAAACGA